UCAUGCAACAACCCGAGCCUAUAAUGAACAAUGUCUUCCUAGUGGAUAUCUGCAUUGACAAAAUAUAUGCAAACGAUUCUUCUCCAUUGGAUAUUGCAAAAUUAGGAAUAAAAUAUUUCAUACAGACUGAAUUUCAUGACUCAAUACACACAUUCUUAGAACAACUUGAAUUAUUGGGUCCUACAGAUCCUGCUUAUUAUGGUUCAGGUCUUAACAUUGUUUUUGAACUACUUAGCCUGCGUAGAAUUGUUCGUAAUAUGGAUUCACCCUAUAGGACUGAAUUUCAUGACUCAAUACACACAUUCUUAGAACAACUUGAAUUAUUGGGUCCUACAGAUCCUGCUUAUUAUGGUUCAGGUCUUAACAUUGUUUUUGAACUACUUAGCCUGCGUAGAAUUGUUCGUAAUAUGGAUUCACCCUUUAGGGGUAACUAUGUUGAACAUAAUGAAACAACAAAUAUAUUUUGGUUUACUGAUGGUAAAAAUAUGAGUUGGUUAAAUAAAGAUCUUACAUAUCAGGGUUCCGAAUCUCAAUCACCUAGUGCAACAAUUUACAAAACAAAAUUUCGUUGGGAUCAAAAACUUUAUAUAUUCUUAAUUACACAAUUUCAAAAUCCACAAAAUCCAAUUACAGAAAUACCACCACCAAGUUUGGAUUGGAUUAAUAUGGUUAUGCGUGGCAAGUAA